AUGAAUUGGAACAACUCGGUGAGCGAAAAGUUCUCUCAGUCGCAAAUGCGAUGCUUCGCGGGAAAUUUAUUUAUGCUGAGCAUGCUUUCAGAAAACUUUUUGUGGAAGAUGAAAUAUCUGACAUAUGUUCAGGAUUAGUUGACAAAAAAGAGGUUAUUGUCGUUACUGUAGAUCUGCAAAGAGGAUCGUCAUUACCAUUUACUCUACAACUCAAAUUUAAGGGGUAUCCUGUACUUAUUGAUUACGGAACAGUUCCACCAUUCCAUCGCGAUUAUUAUGAAAAGCUUAAGCUCGGUAUCAACAGUGUCGGAAAGAAAGCCACCCCAGUAUGCCAACCAGGCAGAAUAGAUAAAAAAAAACGACCUAUUAAUUGUCUUAACAUUUCCGUAAGUGGCAAUUCAGGAAAAUUAAUAAGAGUGGAAAAGGUUAGCAGAAGCACAUUUCAUACCGAAGGAGAAAUGGAAGAUGAAUGGGUUAGGUUUAAAUCUAGUGCCUUCAACCCUCCAAAACACGUCUUUGCCUUAAAAGUGCAUGGCAUUGAAGAUGAAAACCCAUUUGCAGGUGCACCAGGAGAUUCGGAUUCACCAGUUUUUGAUAAAGACAAAAGGUUGGUUGGAAUACUUCAUGGAGGGCCUGUUAACAAAUCACAUGCUUAUGUAGUCCCCAUUGAUUUAAUUAUAGAACAUGUUAAAAAAAAAAACAAAAGCAAAGUGGAAUUAGAACCAAUAUCUAGAGAGAUGUUACGUAACAUAAGGAGAAAGAUAUGGUCUUCUGUUUUUUCCUGGGCUGCUAAUUUUCGUACUGCACUUCAUUUACCUCUGGAUCUUCAACCUGUUUUGAAUGUUGCUGCAAAGAAUAUUUAA